GCCAAUUACAUAACACCAAUCUUGAACGAGUCAUUAUAAAGCCAACCACAAAACUCAAACUCUUGUGCUUGGUACAGGGUACUUGAAGCAGGUUCUAUCCAUCUAUAUAUGGCACAGAGUAGCGGAUAUGAUGGAAACAAUAUUAUUCCUUUACUACCCAAUAAUGAUGAAACGGAUGAUAAUUUGAACUUGGAAGACUUAUCCAAGGGCCCCCUACCCCUUGGAUUAAAACUCACAUUGACUCCUGAGAUGCUGCAAUUCAAAGAAGCCAAGAAAGUUGAGAAAUUGAAGGCUGCACAUUUUCAAUCGUAUAUGCUCAUGAUUGGGUUUUUCAAGAUUGAGGCUAAAUAUCCGGAAGAUUUGGUAGCAAAGUUUUACUAUGCUAAGAGAAAACUAGUGUGGGAAAUGUUACGUGAUGGUUUAAAAGACAAAAUUGAAAUACAAUGGGACAACAUUACUGCCAUUCGAGCUGUUAUUCAAGAGGGAAUUCUGGAGAUUGAGGUAGACAGAGUUCCAUUGUUCUUUCGCGAGGUUGAGCCGAAGCCUGGAAAGCAUACAAUGUGGGCCAUAUCUCAAGAUUUCACUAAUGGGCAAGCUUCCAUAUACCGGAGGCACUAUCUUCUAUUCCCUCCUGGCGUUCUUGACCAACACUACGCAAAGCUAUUGCAAUGUGACAAUCGAUUGUUGGAGUUGAGCCAAAAAUCUUUUCCUAAUUCGCAGUUUGCUUAUUUUGAUUCAGAAUUAGAUCAAGGAACAACAUAUUAUUCUUUUGGUCAUGAUCCACAUGUACAUGGACCAAACUCCUCAGUUAUUGAGCAACAAUAUAAUUUAUUUUCACCUCAAAAAGUUCAGUUGCCUCUAAUUCCUAUUAAUGGCCCAACUUCAGAUGAGGCAAUUAACAAUAAAAUGCUUCAAGAUCCAAUAAACCCUUGGAGUCAAGGCCUUCAUUACGACACUUUAAGCGAAAGAGGCUUACAACAAAAUAGAUUUGAAUUGAACUAUGAGCCCCUUAAUUGGUCACAUUUUCAUUGUAUCCCUGAAAUUGAAUAUGAUCAUUAAAGACAUGAAUGUGAACAUGAUGUGAUUUUGAACAAAUGAAUAGUUUUUUUUUUUUGGUACAUAACAAAUGAAUAGUUUGAAAGUGAAAGAAGUAAUCACGAAUUAUUUGGGGAAUGAAAUUUUGAUCUUACGAAAAGAUAUUUGGAUUUAGAAUUUGGUUGUAGAUGUUGGUUACCUGUAAUGUAAACUGGUU